CUUCCAAACGUUUGUUCCCCGGACUGUUGUUCUCGGCUACCCACCUUCCUCUUCUUCCUUCCGCUGUCCGCCUCCUCCCCAGUCCCCACCCGCCAUGGCGGCCCAUCACCACCUCCUCCCUUUACUCCUCCUCCUCAUCCCCUUCGCCUCCGCCGCGGCCACCGGCGGCGAGGCGCACGUCUCCGCGGUGAUCGCCGACAAGGGCCUGACCUUCGCUAAGGACGUGCUCAUCGGCGAGGCGGUGCGGUCGCUCACCCCGCUCCGCCUCCCGGGGGCGGAGAAGGCUGUGCGCGUGCCCUUCCUCGGAGGCAUCCGCGUCGCCGUCUCCAACAUCACGCUCUUCCACCUCGACGUGGGGGAGGACUCCGCCAUCCGCCCCGGUGACUCGGCCCUGGUUAUCGUCGCCUCCGGCAUCAGCGCUAACAUCAGCAUGGCCUGGAGCUACUCCUACGACUCUUGGUACUUCCCCAUCGAGAUCUCUGACAGCGGCACCGCUUCGAUCCUGGUUCAAGGAAUGGAAGUUGGGAUAACCAUGGAAAUCAAGAAUUACAAUGGAAGUUUGGCUCUGUCUGUUUCGAAGUGUGGCUGUUAUGUGAAGGACUUGGUGAUAUCUCUGGAUGGUGGAGCAUCAUGGUUUUAUCAAGGGUUCAUAAAUGCUUUUGAAGACCAUAUUAGAGCUGCGGUGGAAAAGGUAAUACCAGAAAAUAUUAUUGAAGGCACAUCAAAACUGGACUUGUUGCUUCGAAGUCUUCCUAGGAGUGUCAAUCUGGACAAUGUCACUGCUUUGAACAUGACUUUUGUUAAUGAUCCACAAUACGGAAAUUCCUCUAUUGAGUUCGAUAUCGAUGGGUUGUUUACUUCUGCAGUUGCUAGGACUAGCAAUUUUCAGAAGAAUCCCCAGCUUUCUUUAUCUUGUGGUGGGGCAUCAAAAAUGCUUUUGCUUUCACUUGAUGAAGCUGUUUUCAAUUCAGCAUUAGAGGUGUACUUCAAGGCGGGCUCCAUGCAUUGGGUUGUCGACAAAGUUCCUGAUCAAUCUCUAUUGAAUACAGCCAGUUGGAAAUUUAUCAUUCCUCGCUUGUACUGGAGCUAUCCAAAUGACGCCAUGGUUCUAAACAUUUCGACGGCUUCAUCCCCAAUUAUGAGGAUUAUGUCUGACAAGAUUGACGCUACCAUUAAUGCAGACAUGAUAGUUGAUGUUUUACAUGGCACGGAGACGGUUCCAGUAGCAUGCAUCUCUAUUGUAGUAAGCGCCUCCGGAGUUGUGAAGACAUCAGGCAAUAUAGUAUAUGGUAGUGUUGAAUUAGAUAAUUUCUCCCUUGCCAUGAAGUGGAGUGAAAUCGGAAACUUCCAUAUGUCUUUGAUUCAGGGAGUGAUACGGGUUUUCUUGAACACCGUAUGCAUGCCUUAUUUGAACUCACGGCUGGGUCAUGGAUUUAUCUUGCCUGUGGUUCGUGGCUUCACUCUAAAAGACGUCUAUGUAGUUGCUUCUACUCAGCAGUUGACGCUCUGUUCUGAUAUUACCUUCACCAAUGCGAGUAGCUUGGCGAGUUUACAGAUUUUGUGAUACCGUGCGUAGGCUUGUACAGAGCAUGUAACUUUCACCUUGGCCACAAACUAGGCCUUGGAGCAUUAAAGCCUCAGCACGACCACAAACUAGACCUUGCAUAUAAUCUCUUCUUUUUCAAUACUAUUUACAUUCAUCUGUACAAAUUUAUUCCAAAUUCAUCGUUUAUACUAGUCCUUGCACAUAUGGGUACAUUGUUUA